AAGAGAGAAUCAAAACUCUUUGCUUACGGUUUACGCUUUAAAAACACACCUCUCAUUCCUCAUUCUCUACACAUAUACCAUCCAUUUCCCUUGAACCAAACAUUUUUCUGACCCGAUGGCUACAAGACGGAUAUUGAAAGAACUUAAGGAGUUGCAAAGAGACCCUCCUGUAUCAUGUAGUGCAGGACCAACAGGAGAAGAUAUGUUCCAUUGGCAAGCUACGAUAAUGGGUCCGAUCGAAAGUCCAUACUCCGGCGGUGUUUUCCUUGUCAAUAUCCAUUUCCCUCCGGAUUAUCCUUUCAAGCCUCCCAAGGUUGUCUUUAGAACCAAAGUGUUUCACCCAAACAUCAACAGUAAUGGAAACAUAUGUUUGGAUAUUCUCAAAGACCAAUGGAGCCCUGCCCUUACCAUCUCUAAGGUGCUUCUCUCGGUAUGCUCUCUUCUUACAGACCCAAACCCUGAUGAUCCUCUGGUGCCAGAGAUAGCUCACAUAUACAAAACUGACAAGACCAAAUAUGAAGCCAUGGCUCGAAGCUGGACUCAAAAAUAUGCCUUGUUUUAAAACACACAACGUAACUCUUCUUGUUUCCUUCGUCCUUUGAUUUCGUCGUCUUAUUAUGUAAUAAUAAUAAUAAAAGAAGUGGAAUAUUAAUUAUUGAUGAUUUCUGUUUU